AUCAUUUCGUUUACCGAUAAAGUACUCAACCAAUGUCGUCGCGUAUUUAAUUUAACUGUUAAUUUUCAAUGAGAAUCAUGUGACGGAGCACGCACGUUAGAAAAGUUUUUUUUUAUAAAUUAAAUUAUGCACACAGAAAUAUAGAGUUGACAUAUAAAAACUCUUUUAAAGAUCGAUAUUAUAUCGCAGUGAUAUAUUCAUCGUGUUCUAAUAGUGUUAUGUUUAUUGUGAAGGUGCUUGUGUAUAUCAACUAAUUAAUAUUCAGUUGUCGAAAUAUUUACGUAACGUGGUAGAUAUUUGGUAUUUAGGAACAAGAUUUAUUUAUAUUGAAAGAAAAAAACGCUUCAGGAACAAUGCGGCCUUUGAGAAAACUCCCGUAAAGCGCCAUCUAUCGGCUUUUAAAAUGAACUAUCCAGAGAUUAAUGUUUAAACGCAAUGCCCCGUUUAAAAUAUGCCUCAAUCCUACGAGUACUGCUUAUUCUGGGCCUGUUUUGCGUCUGGGUACAGAUUAUGCUGUCAGCGACGAAUGGUGCUUUGGACAAAGAUGGCGAUAACAUACUAGCAGAUUUAUUACAGACUAAUCUCACUAACAAUGAAGAGCCGUUUACAGAAGAGUUGAUGAAUUCAAAUGAAACGUCGGAACAGGUCCUGGCGCUGGUACCACCUGAGUUACACAAGUACCUGACCGUUCAUCCGAGGAACAGCAGCGCGAACGCGACAGAACGAUACAGUCCCAAGAAUGUUUCGGACAUAUUGCGCGCCAUUCAGAGGGUGAACGAUGCCCAAACUAUUUACAACGAAGACAUUUUCGGUCCGGUUCAGAAUGACACAAUUAUUAUUGCAAUUCAGGUCCACACUCGGCUCACGUACCUCCGUCACUUGAUCGUGUCUCUGGCCCAGGCGAAGGACAUCGACAGGACCCUGCUGAUCUUCUCCCAUGAUUACUAUGAUGAAGAAAUCAAUAAUUUAGUCAGGAGUAUUGAUUUUACGAAGGUUAUGCAAAUCUUCUACCCGUACUCCGUUCAGACCCACCCCCUGGAGUUUCCGGGGAUGGAUCCCAAUGACUGCCCUCGUGAUGCGAAAUUGGAACAGGCGUUAAAACUAAAAUGCAACAAUGCUCUGCACCCCGACCUGCACGGACACUACCGGGAGGCGAAGUAUGCACAAACGAAACACCACUGGUGGUGGAAGGCGAACAGGAUCUUCAAUCAGCUUCAGUGUACAGCGAGCCACACGGGUAUGGUGGUAUUUCUAGAAGAGGAUCACUAUGUGGCGGAGGAUUUCAUACACAUCCUCAAUCUACUCCGGACCACCGCCGAUAAAACGUGUCCCCAAUGCGAGAUCUUAUGUCUCGGGACAUAUCUUAAGACUUAUCAGUACCACAGCACGAGCGAUAAGAGAAAGAAGCACCUUACCCUGAACUACAUACAGCAAGUCCGUGCUAUCAGCGAAGAGAGAAGAAAACGGCAACACGACACGCAAACAUGGAACUACCAAGUCUAUCCGAAUUUAUAUGCGAACACGCAAAAGGUGGAAAUAACUCCAUGGCAUUCCAGCAUGCACAACAUGGGCAUGGUGUUCAAUAGAACAGUCUGGACUAAUAUUCUUGAGCUCCAAGAACAGUUCUGCGCUUAUGAUGAUUACAAUUGGGACUACUCGUUACUGCACCUGUCCCAGAAUAGACCUGGAAGGGAGAAGUUUAAAGUGAUACUCUGCAAAGGUCCCAGGGUAUUCCAUAUUGGAGAAUGCGGUUUUCAUCAUAAGAAAUCCAACUGCAACGCGUCAACGGUUAUCAGCAAAGUGCAGAAGUUGCUUCAGGACGCGAAGUCGUACCUGUUCCCGCCGCGAGUGACGGCGACGAUCAGCGCCGGUGGCGCGAAGCACAAUAAGAAAUUAAUUAAGGGGAAUGGAGGGUGGGGGGACUUGAGGGAUCAAGAACUUUGCACGAAUAUGACAAGAGUUGAGCGUCAAAUGAGAAAGUACAUAUAUUACACGUAGUCUAUAUGAUACAGGUCUGCUAUACCAAAUACUAAACUAAAACGUAAACGAGUAAUUAUAUUUUGACAGCUCACGAUGUACUUAUCCGUCCGCCAUCUUGUUUUAUCUGUCAACUGUCAUUUUUUGUAACUGACGGCUGUGUAGUCGAAUUGAAUACAAAAUAUACUCUUUUUUUUUUUAAAUUACUUUUAAAGUGUAUUCGAAAUAUAAAUUUAAAAUUAAUGUUUAGCUGGUUUGGAAUAUAGAUUCUAUUCAGAACCGGCGAGAAUGUGUUACAAUUUCUUGAUUGAUUGAACAUUUAAAUUGUUUUAAUGUUACGUGAAGAUGUAUAUUUUGAUCCACUAUUAAUUGAAACGUUUAUGCGUCAGAAGCGUUACACGAAUAACGUUGCACAAAUUCGAACUUAAAAAUUAUUUUUAAUUAUUUAUAAUAUAGUCUUUAUAUCAAAUAUUACGUACAGACAUGUACGAUAUAAUUAUAUAGAUAUAUUUGUUUUAACCUUCAAGUACUGAACUCUGGUCUCACAGACCGCAAUGAAUCCUAUUCUCACAUAUAAAGUCGAUAUUGUAACCGCAUCAAAAUCGAUCAAGUAUUUUUAAAUUAUUAAUAUUUAUAAAUUGGAUUAUUUAUCAUUAGGUAUUAUAAUUAAAAACAAAAAGAACAAAUCUAGUCUGUUAAGUAAUCAUUUUUAAUUGAAAUUUAUUGUAAUUCUGGCUCGUACGUUCGUUCGAAUGAAAUAACAGUCUAAAAGUUCUAGGACCCAAAUUAUCACUAAAAUCGGCUUAACAGAAAACUUUUGAUUUAAACCUUCUUCGAAACGAGCUGCGUCAGCUGGUAUAAGUUUUAUGUAUUGGUUUUUAGGUUUUUUUCAGUUAGUUAUUACAAAGACAUUGCUCAUUUAGUCUAGAUUUAGUGCAAAAUUAUUAUAUGUUGCCAUAAUUGUAUAGUUUUUAAUCAUAUUAGUCGUUAAGACAAAUGAACAAGGACGUGUUCACCAAAAUCUAACAGAAUUAUUAGUUCGUAGACUUCUAGGUAUAAGUUUUCAGCUGUCAGUUUCUAAUACCAUUAGAAAAUAAAUAUAUCUUAAUUAUUCAAAUAUAAAAACUCUGAAUGAAUGUUACAGAUACAAAUUACAUCGAAAUCUGUUCAGGCAUUCAAAUGUUACGAUUCAAUGCAUUGUACUAAUUUUUUUGGCAGCGUUAAAAGUUCGGGUCUGUUAGACCACAUCGUACUUGAGGGUUAGCAAAACAAGUGAGCUGUCGAAAUGUUGUUAUUAAAAUGACAAGUUGUAUUGAUAAGAUAAUUUUUUUUUUUAUAUAAUUUCGUUAUUUUUUUUCACAAACAUUAAGGUGCUUUGAAGUUUCUAGUUGUUUUGCAUCGUGAGUUAAUAAAUGAUAUGUUAAAAUCACAGUAUUAUAAACUUGAAUUGUUAUAUCUGUCCUUGUCUAAUAUAUGAAUUGUUUUUAUGCGAGAAAGAGAUGGGUAGCGCUGCUGUUUGAGCCAAAGGUCGUAUGUUAAAAUUGUACUUAAUAGAUGAGCAUAAAUGCUAAUUUCCUUUUAUAUAUAUUUUUUAAGUGUUUCCAUGGCAACGAUUUUAUUUAUAAUGUUUCUAAGUAUUUUUUUUCUUAACAAAUUUUUUCAUAAGACCUUUUGGAUUUACAGUAUCGUAUAUAUAUGUUUAUUUUCUGUAUAAAUAUAUAUUUUAUAUUGAAAUUUUGUUUUGGAAUAUAUGUGUGAUAUUAGAAAAUUGAGGAAGAUUAUGUCUGUCUUACGCAUCUUAUUAUUUUUUUUUUGUUAUUUUUUAUGCUGAUGGUACUUUUUUUAAAUUUGGAAUUAUUAUUUUUGUGCUGAAAUAUAUUUUCUUUGUAUAAAAGUUUUUGUUAUGCGUUCUAAUUACUGUACCCCUUCUUAAAUUUAUCUGAAUUAUGUAUGGACUUAAUCAAAGUGCGUUCAUUUAAUUCGUUCAGUACUAUUAAAAUAUUCACCGUUGAUCUAUUAGUUAAUAAUCAUUAUAUUCCGAGAACCUGGAGAAAACACCGGAAUUUACCGUUUAAAAAGUGAAUUUUAACAGAAUUUUUAUAACAUAUUUUUUAUAACAUUGGCUGUAUGACACUCUCGCCUUGGACGUGAAGCCUUUGGGACGCGCCUGAACUCUUUCCGAUCGAGUUGCAUUUGCCGUCCAAUCGAAUUAAAAGAGUGAAGGAAUACCCUGCGAGGCAGAUGUAAGCAUUACUUCAAGCGGCUUCGGCUAAAAUCUACUGCAAAAUAUCUUGCAGUCAAUUCGCUAACAUUCCAAUCUUCAAAACAGCCAUUGUUUCUGCGACUGCGACCUCUUGGACUCUUGACUUUGGAAAAUCAGAGGGAGACGGUAGAUUUGACUUGAACACUUUUCAGGUAUUAUUCGCAGUUCAAUUGGAAAAUCAGAGACGGUAGAUAAGCUCUAUUUGCGCACACGCCUGUGAACUGUAACAUGUAAUGUUUGCCUAGUUGACGUUAAGAAGUCGAUAUUGGUCAAGGUGUUACAACUUUUCCAGUCAAGGUUCAUUAAGACUGAAGCAAUUGACUGCAACAUAUGUCCCAGUGGUUAGAACGCGUGUAUCUUAACCGAUGAUUUCGGGUUCAAACCCAGGCAAGCACCACUACAUU